UGAGUCAGCACGAUAGCAUCUCCAAUUGGAAGUAUCUUGCUUGAAACAAAACAAAUCAAAUUUGAAGUUUAUGUGCAUUGGCAGGUGGUGUUCCUGGUAACAAUGAGCUGCUUUGGUUGCGGUCGCAAGUACGGGUUGUUCUGCAAGGAAUAUGGAUGCCCGAACUGCGGCUACUCCUUCUGCUCCAAGUGCCUGAAGAGGCCGAUGCCCGUGCCCCGUCACUCGGGCAAGGUGCUGAAUGUGUGCCUGAUAUGCUACGACAAGCUGUCCAAGCUGCAGGCCAGCGCGGAUGCCGAAAAAGUCAUCGAUUGCGAGGCCCUGCCCGGGGUCUUAGUCACCAAGUUCAGUCUGCCACCGCCGUCCAAGGGUCCAGAGGGUGUGGGUUCGGUUUCCGCUGCCGAUGUGCUCUUUGAUGACUCCCCGCCUUCUGAUGAACUGCCGGAGGCUUUGCUUCCCAGCUCCAGUGCGGUUAUACAUUCCAAAGAUCAUGAGGAUCACAUUGAUGAGAACCUGGACAGUGCGUUGACCAAGCGAAUGCAGGACUACAAACGCGUGGAUGCCACAGACGAUGAGAUCCGUGCCCGUCUCGCCAACCUGACCGGCGUGCCCCAUAAGACCAGCUACGACAAGAAGGACUUGCUGCUGUCCACUGACCAAAGAAAUGACGAGGAGAAGAUGAGGGAUUUGCUGGCACAGUUUGUGGAGGAAGCCCAGUUGGACCAGAAUGUCGACAGGCAGAGGGACGACUCGAUUUCCGACAUUGAGCGGCGUCUGCGAGCUCUGCGCGACACACCCGUCGAUUCAGGUGCCUCUGGGCCACCGGGCUCCCAGCUGAGCGGUGCCGUGGACAACGAGGAGGAUGAGGAGGCCAUGUUGCAGAAUAUAAUGAAAAAGUAUGUGGACGAAUCGCGCCUACCAACUACUACCCAGAGUGAAAUUAGUCCAAUUAAUAGCGAGGUGCCCAGCGGCAGCGAAGAACUGCCCUGGUGCAACAUUUGCAACGAGGAUGCGGUCUUCCGUUGCCUCGGCUGCGGUGGCGACCUCUUUUGCGCUCAGUGCUAUAAGGAGUGCCACGAUGACGAUGAGGAGUACAGAGCUCACGCCAAGGAGAAGUAUUCAGCGCCGCCAAAGCUGGAGGAAAAUCAUUUCUAAGGCACUUGUUAAGUUUGUUACAAUUAUAAAUCGCUUCCAAAAGGAAAGCAUUUUGUUGUAAUGCUAGCUCAUUCGUAUCUAUGCAAGGUAUACUGUUCUCCCUUUUUUUACUGAUGAAGUGGAAUAAAACCUGUGCACAGGUGCACAGAUAGAUUAUUUUUGACUAA